CUCGUCUGGUUUGUGCUUGGAAGAAUACAGAUUCUCGGUGAUUGCAUUUUGGACAGGGGUGCUCCUCGGUUCUUGGCAGUGUCGGAUCUGAUAUAACGUCGGCGACGAUGUGGAUGCGAAAGAGUAGUGCUGUCUUUCGCAAAUAAAUCUUCAUCAAUCUAAAUCCAUCGAUAAAAAUGAGUAAACUCGAGGACAGUUUUACAUGGACACACCGAUUGGGAUGUCCACCGUCGAUUUGCAACGAAUCUACAAAACAAACAUUAUCAAAGGGAAUCGUCGGCUUGCUAUGGGAUCACAUCGCCGACAAUCUACAUCCCACAUCGGAAGUCUUGGAAGCAAGGAAAAAUAUCUUACUGCAUAAACUGAGAGAAAAUGCAGAAGAUAGUGUGAUUGAAAUAAUUAAAAAAACCUCUAAGAUAAGAGCGGAAAGAAACGUUCUGAGACAGCGAAUUCGUGCUGCUGAAGAAGAGCGAGAAACGCAGGAAUUCUUACUUCGUAAAAAACGGCAAGAACUUCUCAAGAUACAGGCAACUCGUCAAUCCGUACAAGCAAAGAAAGAACUUUUCUCCAUAAAGUAUGAUCAGAUGCAAUCGCAGGUUCAAGAUUGUAAUCAAAUGCGCCAAGUUUGUAAAUGUCUGUUGCCGUCCAGUGGUGAUCAGGUCGACCUAAUAAUAAUAGAGGAAUCCUUGACCUUAGUCAGUUCUAUGCUCUCAGGCACGGAUAAGAAAAAGGUCUGGAAGAAGAUAUCAGAGAUACUCUAUCCUGUCGCAACAUCAGUCUUAUGGAACAUUCUAUUGCAACGCCGAACAACUGAUAUCGACAGAGUUGUCCAGUUGGGGUACGAAAUAUCCCCAAAUGCUACUCCUAGUAAUUGUGGAGAGAAAUUUGAAAUCGGCAUUGCAAAAGCCUGUAGCUUACAUGUAACAGCUGUAUCAAAACGACUGUUGAAUGAUGCCAAAGCGAGUGAGCACCAGUCAACCAUUCUGGAAUAUAUUGAAAAGAUCGAGAAAGCUCAAACUAGCCAUCUGGACAUCAGCGAAUGGUUGGCAUUGACUUUGGAAGUUCGUAAGUGGGAGGCAGAGCAGAUGGGCUUACAUCGAGCUGUAAAAGUUUUCAAUGAGAACCUAGAACCCCAGAACGAGUUGAAUGCGGAACUGAACAAUAUAGCCAUCAAAAUGCAGCAAACCGAUGUUGAAAUGAGACAAUGUGCCGAUGAUAUACAAACAUCCAUGGCGCUUUUGAAAGGAGCUGGUGCUACCUUAAACCGCGCAAAAGAAAAAUUGCUGAAUGGAUUACAAAAAUUUGCAAUAUUCAGAGCAAUGAAUCAAGACAAAACCUGGUUGGACAUUGAUCUUGGUAUCGAAAUUGAAAACUUCUAUGAACGGAUCAACAUGAAUGCUUUGAGAAAAAUUACAUUAGGCGCAGAAGUUGGUGCGUAUAGACAUUCGACAUGCUGCAUAGGGCAAUCAGGGCUUGCUGUUACUGUUCCGCUGGAUGUGAACUAUGUUCACGACUUUCCAUUUGUUCGUGCCCCCCUCUAUCACUUGUUGGAUUGUUACAAAGCCUUAAUGAAAUCCAUUUGGUUCGCUAAUUAUAAGCCGAGCUCUCCAGAUCCUGAACUACAGCUAAACCUAAUCGCAGACAUGGAGGAACAAUGGCGUUUGAUGUCGUCUAGAAACUAUAUUCGUUCUUUUCAGGAGUUGAUGAAUCUCGCUGAUCAAGCUGCUGAUAAAACACAGGAGCAUCUGCAAAACUUUGACGCCACUUUUGAAGCUUGGACAAACCAGGUAGUGAGUUGUAUAUUGAUAUCUUACGAGAAUACUGUGGAUGGAAUAACUUUCAGGGAGUGGCAACAGCGAUUUAACAUCAUGGCAUCACUGUUGGCCUCGAAGACUAAGGCUUUGAAGUAGAAUGGCGUUAUAACGAUUGUCGCGAAACGCAUUUUUACGAUUCAACAGUAUAAAAAAUUAUUUGAAUAUAGAUUGUAAAUAAGUCUAAGUUACUAGUAUUUUUAUACUUUCUUUCGAUAAGAAUAAAAUCGUGUUUGCUAUA